AUGUAUGAUGUGAUGAGAACCGGAUGUAUACAGGUAAUCCCUCCAUGUUCUGUGGAAUAUGGGUUCUGGUGGGACUGUUGCUGUUUAUCAUCGUAGAGAAGGUGUUCUCGGCUCCCAAUCCGUACGCAGAGAUGGAACCAGACAACAGGGACAGUGAUGUUGACAGUGGAUGUCAACACAACAACAACUGUGAGGACAAGGGCUGCAUCUCCAAGGGCAAGAGAGCCUCAGAUCCUCUCAUCACUGUUAGGCCUUCACACCAGCAGGUUGCUGGUUACCUGAACCUGAUGGCCAACAGCAUAGACAACUUCACUCACGGACUGGCAGUGGGUGGCAGUUUCCUGUUGUCACCCCGAGUUGGAGCCCUCACCACCUUCGCCAUCCUUGUUCAUGAGGUGCCUCAUGAGAUCGGGGACUUUGCCAUACUGUUGAGGGCUGGAUUUUCGCGGUGGGACGCAGCCCGGGCUCAGCUACUGACGGGCACAGCAGGGCUGGUCGGGGCUCUUACUGCUGUCACUUGCAGUGGGGCUGGCACUAUUAUGGAGGCCAAGACAUCCUGGAUCCUACCAUUUACUGCCGGUGGGUUCCUCCACAUCUCCCUGGUGACGGUGCUGCCAGAACUGCUACAAGAGGAGAAUCCUAGGGAGUCCAUCAAACAGCUGCUGUCACUGGUGUGUGGUAUUGUGCUCAUGGCAGUGCUCACCUCGAUAUGUGAGGGCUAGUCCUCACCUCUUGUGUGCGUGAGCUGGCCUAAUUCUGCACUUGCACUUGGUCUACAAUGUUUAACAUCAGAUUUUAAUUCAAUAUUUUUCUGUCCUGUUUGAUUUAGUUUUUAAAUCAUAUUUGAAUUACCUAUAUAAUAAUAGGUUUUGAUUUUCUAAACAGUGAGGAAGAAGAGAAUUAACUCAGAGACCUAACCUUCACCUCAAUUUUUUCAGACUAAUUUGCACCGUUUUAACUCCUGUUGUAUUUUCUAUAAAUAAUGAUCAGCAAAAGCAUUACUUAUAAUAAUUAAUUUCAACCAUAAUUAUUUAUUAUUGUCACAGUGAAUGGUUGUAAUUUAUUAUUACAAUGUUAUUACAAGUUAAACAAAUACCAUUUGAUUAAAUUGUCUAAAUGCAAAGUGAAAGGUACUCAUGAUCGUCUAAUAUGUUAAUUCUUUCUAGUCUGUUGAGGUAAGUUGGUUCAACUGAUCUCCUUCUACAAUGGAUGACUACAUGAUUAUGCACAAUGUUGUUGCAGUUAAUUUGGAUAUUAAAAGUAAUUGUAAAUAAAUGGAACUAUUUACUACAGUAGGUAUUUAAUACAUUAAAUACACUAUAUAUUUAAAAUCUAAUGUAAAAUUCCACCAGUCUUUAAUUUUAUGUCCUGAAGCAAUGUUUAAGUAAUAUGCAUAAAGUUGGUUAUUUAUCUUUGCAUGUAUGUUGUAUUUUUUAAAGAAUUCCAAGCAAAUUUUCAAGCAUAUGCAUGUUUUAUGAGUGGUUACGAUAAAUUUUACUGUAAAGAGGUGAUGAGUUAAGGUUAAGAGUAAUAGGUGGCAUAAAAACAAUUUGUCAUUGGUCCAAAUAUUUUGUGAGUACAGAUUCAAACCGCCCAAAUGCAUAGCAUGGAUUUAACUUUACAAAUAUCAAUUGAUUAUUAUAAAUUCAAAUUUUAAUAUUAUUCACCUUAGGUAUGAAUGGAAUUUCAUAAUGCAAGUACAUUAAUGGCAUUUAGCUCUAAAAUUUAAAACAGAUUAUAAAAGGAAAUAGAUUUCACAACAGAAUCAGUUUUCUCACAUUCAAUUUUCCAACAGAAUAAAAUAUAAGACCCUUGAUCAAACUUGCCUUAAGAGUACUAAUUAACUCUGCGUAAUGAGAAACGUUUCAUUGUGUAAAUGAUAUUUACUUUUUGUCAUGUACUCUAUUGCCCUCUUAUGAUUCAAUUUGUGUUGACAUUCCAAAAGCAGAUCUCUUAAUUUAGCUGUUAAACAUAACUACUGUAUAGAAGUUCAUGUCUUAGAUGUUUAAUGAGGUAUUUCAAUUCUGAGUAUUCAAAAAAUACAAUAUUUUAAAUAUGUUACCAUUAUACUUAUUGUUGUUAUUUUUAAUUUGUCUUAUCUGAAUGCUGUUUAGGCAAAACACCAGGAUUUAAUGUGUAUUGCCCCAACAGCGAUGUUAAGCCCAUUAUGAAUCUCACCAUUACCUUACUUGCCAUGAUAUGCAAAUAUCACAUCAAAUUCACUGAAUCUUAUUACAACCAUAAAGGGGUUAUAGUGAAUUAGUAAAUUACUUUGCAGAGUUACAAAGUAAACUCCUGCCAUUAUUAAAUUAAAUAUUCCACAAAUAUUUCUUUUUUAUUUGUGCAAAAAUAAGAAAAAUUAAAUUUGAACCCUACAUGCAAUUAUUAUUAGCUUACUACAAUCAACACAUACAUAAAUAAUGUAGAUAUUAUUUUUCUAAAACUAAUGGCUCAUUUAACUUAACAACUAAAACAAAAAUGGAAUUAAUUUAUUGCCUUGCUGCAUAUCAAAGUAGGUCUUUUUUAAAUAUUGAGUAUAAUAAUGACUGAUGUAACAUGCCGCUAUAUACCAUUGCAACUUGUUGAAAGAGUUGGAUUACAUUUUGAAAUUAAAAUGUUACUAACAAUUAUUGUGAUUUUGAAUGUAUAAGAAACGAGUUUAUAAAAACACAGUAUGUACAAAACACAAUAUUGUUCCCACAAAUGUAAGAAUGUUGUCUCUGGCCUGUCUCACGUUACCAUGUAUCUUAGUGUAUAUUCAUUGUAGAUAUUGUACGUACAUUGUAGACUGAACAAAUAGCAUUCUCAGUAGCUCAACUAAGGUGCUACUUAUCCUAAAAGUAAGUCACAUCAGUUUAUAUUAUAUGCCAUUUUCUUAUUAUUAUAAUAGUUUUAGCCUAGGUUUUCUUCUACACAUGGUAUUUUAGUUGUUUGCGUUUUUGACAAGUUCUAGCUUAAGAUGACUUUUGAUCGUUAAUAAGAGUGAUUUUCAUCUCAUUUUGCACAAAUAAUGUUUGUACCAGCACGAUGCGAGCGGAUUUAUUAGUCUGUAACUGAUAAUACGGGACCCAGGGUAAGAAGGAGUUAUUUAUUGUUAUACUUUAUUUUAAUACCUUUUAUUAAUUUAUGUAUUGUAAUUCACUGACAUCCUACUUGGCAGAUUAUAAAAUCCUUUUUUAAAAAGGUGCUACAAAAUACAAUAUUUUGUCUUAAUGGCCAGUAAUAAAUAUUUAUGUGUGUAUUUUUAUAUCACAGUUUAGGUAAAUGACCAUGUUUUUUUGCAGAUGUUGUCAAGUGAAUGUUUAUAUCAUGACGAAGCGUUUUAAUUGAACGAGUAGAAUGGAUAGUUGAGUAAAAUAAUGUGAUUGUAUUUAUUUCUAUUCUUAUAAUCAGCCAAUAAGUAGCUUUAGUUAUGUACAUAAUGUUAAUUUAUCAUUUGUUUAAUCAAAAUAAGUCAUAGUUUAAAGUGCUAGAGUAAGUUUACUUUCACUGAUAUGAACUUUAUGAUUACAUUCUAGGAGUGUGAUAUUUCAAAUCAGUUUUUUUAAACUAAGAAUGUUGUUUUAAAUACUUUUCACCACUUGUUGUAAACAAAUAUUUAAAAAUCUAAAUGUAAAAUGGUAUUGCAAAACAAAAGUUAUAAAUUAAAUUUCAUUUUAUAUUUGGUGUUACUUAAAUUCAAAAGAAUAUUGCUAUAUUUAUCAAUUUCGUAUAUUCAUGAGAUUUUUGUUAAAUGCAAAUUAUUAUUCAUUGUGGAAAACAUGUUUCUAGUAAUGGCUAGAUUAUAUAGUUUCAUCAACCCUUUCUGUGCCAACAUAUGUUUUCCCAGGCAUUUACAAGAAAAUUAUUAAUAAAUUUAAAUUAAUUCUGAAACUUGUUCAAAAUAAUACAUUCUUUCAUUCAAAAAUAGGCGUCUAUAAUUAAUUGAAAUUCUAAAACCAUCAAAAUCCAAACGAAAUACAAGAGACAGUGAUGUUAACUAACUAUUUAAAAAAAUUUGUUUUUAGCUACUGAUUGUUUUUCUAGUUGUAAGGGUAUUUUCACGAUAAGCACUUUUAAAAUGCCAAACUUGGAUUUUAUUGCCAAAUCUGUUGUGUGUACACAAAACAUAUCUUGUGCGAUACACAGGACAAACAAUAUCUAGCACAGAAAGGGUUAAAAGGUUUCACUAUGAACUCUUAACUUUUUACUAUAAAUUUUCCUUGUUGUUAAAACAUAGUACUUGUAAAUUAAUUGAUAAUUUGAAUUUUUUUACUUUAAUAAUUUCCUGUUUUUAAUUUAUUUAAUUUUUUAAUGUGAGUAAAAUAAAUAUAAAUAAAUACAUUUUUAAAAUGUUUAAUAUUAUAGUAACAUUUUUGUAUGAAACUGAGGAGGAACUGAAAUGAUUGUUAGCUUUUCUCUAGUGCACUAGCACUGGCAAUAGGCUAAGCCAAUUGUGAUAUGAGAUUUAUUAUAUUCAUUGAUAUUAGUAUGUACAGCUAUUUUUGUAAUAUUUGAAGUUUGUAAUGUAUAAAUAAACUAUUGUGAAUAAAACGUAAAUGUAUUUUUAAUUAAUUUUAACCUAUUUUUCAAUAUUGAUGUUUCAAUUUGACUUAGCCUAUUAAAUCUUUAUUUUGAUUACUA